AUGACAUCUCCAAGGAAAAGUCGCGGCGAGGGGAAGCCAGCCGGUGGGUUCGGGUUCUCCGUCGCCGGCGACCGCAAGCGCAAGCGUUUGGCCGAGUACCCCUGCGUGUCUCGCCUCAGACAGCGGCGGCUCAUCCUCUUCCUCUUUAGCCACGAUUUCGUCCAAACCCACGACGCAUUCAUGGGCGAGACGGCCGUGCUCAUCGACGUGAUGCACCUGCACCGUCUGGUGCUUCACGGCCAGUGGAGCGACGCCAUCAGCUACCUCUCCCGCUUCCUACCGCCCGGCCGUCCGCUCGGCGUCCACGGCCGCGCCCUCUUCCACUUCCUCCGCGUGCACAAGGCUAUCGACGACAUCGUCGCCGGCGGAAAGGAGGCCCUCUCCGUCACCGCCGCCGUUGCUCUCUGCUCGCACCGCUUCGUCACGCGCAGCCCUGCCCUCACCAAGCUCCACGCCAUCUUCUCGUCCCUCGUCGAGUCCAAGACACUCAGGGACUCCAUGGACAUUGCGCGCAUGAGGUGGGAGGCGUCCUCCAUUGUGGAUGACCUGCUUGAUCAAACGCCAGAGUUCAGAGACCAUAUGCGUCCGUGCCGCCGAGGAUCAAUGAAUCCCCAGAACGUGCUUCCCCUCGGCUUCGGCCACGCUAGUUUCCGUCCGAGACGCCACGUCAAGAAACAGGGUGGGCAGGUCCCGGCAUCUGUGGUGGCCAGGAUUUAUCUUCAGAAGAAGAAGAUUCUCUUCCUGGCAUGCUUGAUGCGAACAACUCAGACUAAUCAGUUAGAGAUAUCCCCCCUUGCUUUGUCUCCGCAGGCUGCCUUAUUCGACUUCAACUGA